CUAAUCUUUACCCUUCCCAUUGACGAAGCUCCCUUUGACUUCUCUCUCUCUCUCUGUUUUAAAGCCUCUCCCUCUCAAUCCCAUCUUCUCCAAUCCAUCUCCUCUCCUCCUCCUCCUUGCCCGGAGCUCAUGGCUGUGGAUCUCGUAGGCCUUCCCAGGAAGAUGGAAGAACAGAUGGCUAUUCAAGAGGUUGCUUCUGCUGGCUUGAAGAGCAUGGAACAUUUCAUUCGUCUUCUUAAUUCUUCUGACUCUGCCCCUUCUUCUGAUAAUCCCCAUCGUCUCGACUGUACCCAUCUCACCGACCUCACCGUCUCCAAGUUCAAGCAGGUCAUCAACUUACUCAAUCGCACAGGUCACGCUCGCUUCCGUCGUGCUCCUUCUCACAAUCCCAAUCCUCCUUCCUCGUCUCCUUCUGCUCUUCCUAAUCCGUCCCAAUCGGACCGCCUCGCUCUGAAUUCGGUUCACUCUCAGGGUUUGACCCUUGAUUUUGCCAAGCCCUGUAAGGUCAAGACUGCGCAGUCCAAACCUUCCACCGAGUUAUCCGUGUCUCAGUACUCCAAGGACACCUUUAGUAUCUCCCCUCCCAUUUCGACCACCAGCUCCUCCUUUAUGUCUUCUAUCACCGGAGACGGCAGCGUUUCCGACGGAAAAAUAGGUCCCUCCCUGCUUCCUCCGCCCGCUCCCGUCGUCUCCGCCGGUAAACCCCCUCUCUCCUCGUCUCACCGGAAAAGGUGUCAUGAUUCGGCUUUCUCUGAGAAGAUUUCUUCCUCCGGUCACUGCCAUUGCUCUAAGAGAAGGAAAUCUCGAGUUAAAAAGACGAUCCGCGUGCCGGCGAUAAGCUCGAAGAUGGCCGAUAUUCCGCCGGACGAGUUUUCUUGGAGAAAGUACGGUCAGAAGCCUAUCAAGGGUUCGCCCUACCCUCGUGGGUAUUACAAGUGCAGUACCGUGAGAGGCUGUCCGGCGAAAAAGCAUGUUGAGCGAGCCCUAGACGAUCCCAAGAUGCUGAUCGUGACAUACGAAGGGGAACACCGUCACGCUCCGGAAGCGCGUGCGGCGGAGUGCGGCGGUGCAGGCAUCACUCUUAGCCUUCAGGCCAGUUAAACGACGGCACCGAGUCGAAGCAAGCACCGUCCACCGACGAGGCACGUACGUUCGAGCGAACCUUGACGGAAGAAGAUACGUUUUGUCUUGUAACUUGUGGACGAGAAAGCGGAGUCGUCUAAGAGUUGAUAAGGUUUUCUUCGUGUAAAUUUGACCCAAAAAAAACGGUGAAGGAUUAAAAAAAUGAAAUACAAAAAUUAUAUUUUCA